AUGCCUGCACCAGCCGCCGGCGCUGCAGCCAAGAAGCGCCCGCGCACCUCGGCUGCUCCUCCCGCCGCCGCGUCCUCCUCCACCCCCUCGGCCCCGCCUCUCUCGGCAGUCGCAGCCCGCAGAGCAGCGCGUGAAGCCGCCGCCGCCGCCGCCAGCACUCUGCAGACCAGCACGCCCGCUCCUGCACCACCACCCGCCGACAUCGCCGAGGACGACGGCAACUCGGACGGCGAGUCGGUCGCCUCGUCGUCGUCGGUCGAAGCCGUGCUGCCUCAAGCUGCACAGCCUCGGCGCAAGCAGCAGCACAAGGGCAAAGGGCCGGCGCGCUACUUCGCCGAGCCCGCGCCGAGGCGGUCGGGCCGGGUCCAGCACGGCGAGGAGAUGGACGUCGACUCGGGCGAGGUGUCGCCGCCUGAGGGGCUCGACCCGGCUUCCGACGUCGAGCCCGACGUGAUCGAGCUGGCGACCCCGGUGCGCGCUCGCAGGCGGCGCGAGAAGAGCGCGUUCGUCGACCCGUACUGCCUAUCCGCGUUCCACUUCCUCGAGGGCGUCAACUCGGUACAGACGACCGUGGUGGACGAGGGCGGCGUGCAGCGCGAGGCGGUUCUGUACGCUCUUCAAGUCGGCGAGACCCUUGUCCUACGCGGCGCGUGCACCCUCACCCCGGUCGUCGGCUCCGUCAAGGUCCUCGGCGCCACGCUCGCCGCUCCCUCCCCGUCGAGCGACAGCGACGGCGUCAUCCUCCCUCCCCUGACCGCCUCGACUAGCCACCCUCUCUUCGCUCCAUCGUCGCACCCUCUCCCGCCCAUCUUUGGCGCACCUCUCGCCUCCCCACUCCAGCACUCGCUCCUCCUCCCGUCCGGCGCAACCCUCGACUUGACGCCCUACGUGGCCGUCGUCCUCGUGUCGGACCUCGUCACCGGUAUUGACGGCAUCGAGCGCGUACUCGUGGCGGGCGGUAUGGGGCAGGGUGGCGGCAUGUUUGGGCGGCGCAAGGGCGAGAUCGAGUCGGCGCAGGGUGGGGCGACGUGGUCUCUCGUUCUUGAGCCCGAGCCUUCCCUCGCCGGGCUGCGGCCUCUCGACCCGUGGCUCGCGGCACUCGCAGCCUCGGUCCCGCCUCUCUCGACCGCAGAUGAUGACGACGAUGACGACGACGACGAGCCCGCCGCCGACCGGUUCGUCGCGCUCGUCGAAGGCCCCAAGCGCGUCGGCAAGAGCACGUUCGCCAAGAUGCUGCUCAACUCGCUCCUCGCCCGUUACGGCGCCGUCGCCUACCUCGAUACCGACCUCGGCCAGCCCGAGUUUACGCCGUCGGGCUUCCUCUCGCUCAACGUCCUGCGGCGACCUGUCCUUGGCCCCUCUUUCACCCACGUGGCCCUCCCCCUCGCGUCCCGCUUCCUCGGCUCGACCUCGCCCGCUUCCGACCCGAGCGCCUACCUCGAAGCCGCACAAGCGCUGCUCGAGACCUACGCGCUCGAGGUCGAGUACCCGCUCGACGGCGAGGCGUCGACCCGCGAGGACCGCAAGGUCGUCGAACGCGUCCCGCUCGUCAUCAACACGCAGGGCUGGGUCAAGGGCCUCGGCGCCGACCUCCUUGACAAGCUCAAGGCGCUCGCGCGCCCGACGCACGUCUUCUCGUUCGCGACGCCUGACGACGCACCCGCACCGCCCGUCCUCGGCGCCCUCACAACCCUCCUCCCUCCCGCACCGCCAAGCCCGCUCGAGAGCAAGUGGUCCGCCGCCGACUACCGCGUCCUGUCGCUCGUGUCGUACUUUCACGCCCUCGUCGUCGAGGGGGCGACGCCGGCGUGGGACUUUACGCGGCCCCUCCUCGCCCAGUCGCCUUUCGCCCUCACGCUCGCCGACCUUCCUGGCGGCGUCCGUCUCGCCACCGCGGCCGGCGAGUCGAUCCCGCACACGCACGUCCUGCACGCCCUCAACGGCGCGCUCGUCGCCCUCGUCGCCGCCGCGCCUUCCGCCGAUGCGGGCGCAGCACCCUCGCCGUCGAGCAGCAGCGCGCUCGGCCUCGCGCUCGUGCACUCGAUCGCGCCCGCCGCUCCCGACGCGUCCUCGUCGUCGACGACGCUGCACGUGCACACGCCCGUGCCCGCCUCGGUCGUCGCCAGCGCGCGCGCCUCGCUCGGCGUCAUCAAGGGCGAGCUCGACCUCCCUGUCGCGCUCAUGCUCGACUGGGCGGCGCCGGACGACGCAGGCGAGCACGGUGUCGCCGGCGUCGAGUGGCGCGAGGUGCCGUUCUUGAGCGUCGAUGCGGCCGAGGCGGGAGGGAGGAAGCGGGUGCGCAGGAAUGUCAUGCGGCGGGGGCAGGCGUAGAGCGUGUAACCCAUUGCUCUCGACGACGGC